AUGGCCGGGACCGUGCGCACCGCGUGCUUGCUGGUGGCGAUGCUGCUCGGCUUGGACUGCCUGGGACAGGCGCAGCCCCCGCCGCCUCCAGACGCCACCUGUCACCAGGUCCGCUCUUUCUUCCAGAGACUGCAGCCCGGACUCAAAUGGGUCCCGGAAACCCCUGUGCCAGGAUCAGAUUUGCAAGUAUGUCUCCCCAAGGGCCCAACAUGCUGCUCAAGAAAGAUGGAAGAAAAAUACCAACUUACAGCGCGCCUGAACAUGGAACAGCUUCUCCAGUCUGCGAGUAUGGAGCUCAAGUUCUUAAUUAUUCAGAAUGCUGCGGUUUUCCAAGAGGCCUUUGAAAUUGUUGUCCGUCAUGCCAAGAACUACACCAACGCCAUGUUCAAGAACAACUACCCCAGCCUGACUCCACAAGCGUUUGAAUUUGUGGGUGAAUUUUUCACCGAUGUGUCUCUCUACAUCUUGGGUUCUGAUAUCAAUGUGGACGAUAUGGUCAAUGAAUUGUUCGACAGCCUCUUUCCAGUCAUCUACACCCAGAUGAUGAACCCAGGGCUGCCCGAGUCAGUACUGGACAUCAACGAGUGCCUCCGAGGAGCAAGGCGUGACCUGAAAGUAUUCGGCAGUUUCCCCAAGCUUAUUAUGACCCAGGUUUCCAAGUCACUGCAGGUCACCAGAAUCUUCCUUCAAGCCCUGAAUCUCGGAAUUGAAGUCAUCAACACCACCGAUCACCUCAAGUUCAGCAAGGACUGUGGGCGCAUGCUCACCAGAAUGUGGUACUGCUCUUACUGCCAGGGACUGAUGAUGGUUAAGCCUUGUGGCGGUUACUGCAAUGUGGUCAUGCAAGGCUGUAUGGCAGGGGUGGUGGAGAUCGACAAGUACUGGAGAGAAUACAUCCUGUCUCUUGAGGAACUCGUGAACGGCAUGUACAGAAUCUACGACAUGGAGAACGUGCUGCUCGGACUCUUUUCCACCAUCCAUGACUCCAUCCAGUACGUGCAGAAGAACGGAGGCAAGCUGACCACCACUAUUGGCAAGUUGUGUGCCCACUCCCAGCAACGCCAAUAUAGAUCUGCCUAUUAUCCUGAAGAUCUGUUUAUUGACAAGAAGGUACUGAAAGUUGCUCAUGUAGAAUAUGAAGAAACCUUGUCCAGCCGAAGAAGGGAACUGGUUCAGAAGUUGAAGACUUUCAUCAACUUCUACAGUGCUUUGCCUGGCUACAUCUGCAGUCAUAGCCCCGUGGCCGAAAAUGAUACCCUGUGCUGGAACGGACAAGAACUUGUGGAGAGAUACAGCCAGAAGGCGGCAAGGAAUGGGAUGAAGAAUCAGUUUAACCUCCAUGAGCUGAAACUGAAGGGGCCUGAGCCGGUGGUUAGCCAGAUCAUUGACAAACUGAAGCACAUUAACCAGCUCCUGAGAACCAUGUCUGUGCCCAAGGGUAAAGUUGUGGAUAAAAACCUGGAUGAGGAAGGACUUGAGAGUGGAGACUGUGGUGACGAUGAAGACGAGUGCAUUGGGAGCUCUGGGGACGGAAUGAUGAAAGUGAAGAACCAACUCCGCUUCCUUGCAGAGCUGGCUUAUGAUCUGGAUGUGGACGAUGCUCCAGGGAACAAGGAACAUGUAAAUCAGAAGGACAACGAGAUCAUCACCUCUCACAGCGUGGGGAACAUGCUGUCCCCACUGAAAAUCCUGAUCAGCGUGGCCGUCUACGCGGCAUCCUUUUUCUUCCUGGUGCACUGACUUGCCAGUGUCCCAGU